AUGGAACAUACAUAUCAAUAUUCCUGGAUCAUACCUUUCGUUCCACUUCCAGUUCCUAUGUUAAUAGGAGUGGGACUUCUACUUUUUCCGACAGCAACAAAAAAUCUUCGCCGUAUGUGGGCUUUUCCUAGUAUUUUAUUGUUAAGUAUAGUUAUGGUUUUUUCGGUCGAUCUAGCUAUUCAUCAAAUACAUAGCAGUUCUAUCUAUCAAUACGUAUGGUCUUGGACCAUCAAUAAUGAUUUUUCUUUAGAGUUCGGACAUUUUAUCGAUCCACUUACUUCUAUUAUGUCAGUAUUAAUCACUACAGUUGGAAUUCUGGUUCUUAUUUAUAGUGAUAAUUAUAUGUCUCAUGAUCAAGGAUAUUUGAGAUUUUUUGCUUAUAUGACUUUUUUCAAUACUUCAAUGUUAGGAUUAGUUACAAGUUCGAAUUUAAUACAAAUUUAUAUUUUUUGGGAAUUGGUUGGAAUGUGUUCUUAUCUAUUAAUAGGGUUUUGGUCCACCCGCCCUAUUGCGGCCAGUGCUUGUCAAAAAGCGUUUGUAACUAAUCGUGUAGGGGAUUUUGGUUUAUUAUUAGGAAUCUUAGGUUUUUAUUGGAUAACGGGUAGUUUCGAAUUUCGGGAUUUGUUCGAAAUAUUCAAUAACUUGAUUUAUAAUAAUGAGGUUAACCUUUUAUUUGUUACUUUGUGUGCCUUUCUAUUAUUUGCCGGUACGGUUGCUAAGUCCGCGCAAUUUCCCCUUCAUGUAUGGUUACCUGAUGCCAUGGAAGGUCCUACUCCUAUUUCGGCUCUUAUCCAUGCUGCUACUAUGGUAGCGGCCGGAAUUUUUCUUGUAGCUCGUCUUCUUCCGCUUUUCAUAGUCAUACCGUACAUAAUGAAUCUAAUAUCUUUGAUAGGUAUAAUAACAGUAUUAUUGGGAGCUACUUUAGCUCUUGCUCAAAAAGAUAUUAAGAGAAGUUUAGCUUAUUCUACAAUGUCUCAAUUGGGUUAUAUGAUGUUAGCUUUAGGUAUGGGGUCUUAUCGAGCCGCUUUAUUUCAUUUGAUUACUCAUGCUUAUUCGAAAGCCUUGUUGUUUUUAGGAUCCGGAUCAAUUAUUCACUCAAUGGAAGCUAUUGUUGGCUAUUCUCCAGAUAAAAGUCAGAAUAUGGUUCUUAUGGGCGGUUUAAGAAAGCAUGUGCCAAUUACAAAAACUGCCUUUUUAUUAGGUACACUUUCUCUUUGUGGUAUUCCGCCCCUUGCUUGUUUUUGGUCCAAAGAUGAAAUUCUUAAUGAUAGUUGGUUGUAUUCUCCGAUUUUCGCAAUAAUAGCUUGUUUUACAGCCGGAUUAACCGCAUUUUAUAUGGUUCGGAUUUAUUUACUUACUUUUGAAGGACAUUUCAACAUUCGUUUUCAAAAUUACAGUGGCAAAAAAAGCAACUCCUUCUAUUCAAUAUCGAUAUGGGGUAAAGAAGAGCCAAAAUCUAUUAAAACAGAAUUUUCUUUAUUCGCUUUAUUAACAAUGAAUAAUGAAAGGCCUUCUUUUUUUUCGAAGAAUACAUUUCGAAUUGAUAUUGAUAGUAAGUUAACAAAGAUGCCUUUUAUUACUAUUUUUCCUUUUUGCACUACCAAAACUUUUUUUUAUCCCCAUGAAUCGGAUAGUACUAUGCUAUUCUCUAUGCUUGUAUUAGUUUUAUUUCCUUUGUUUGUUGGAACUUUAGGAAUUCCUUUCCAUCAAGAAGGAAUGGAUUUGGAUCUCUUAUCAAUAUUGUUAACUCCGUCUAUAAAUCUUUUACAUGAAAAUUCAAAUCCUUUUUUCGAUUGGUAUGAAUUUUUAACAAAUUCAACCUUUUCGGUCAGUAUAGCGUAUUUCGGAAUAGUUCUAGCAUCCUUUUUAUAUAAGCCCUUUUAUUCAUCUUUUCAAAAUUGGAACAUACUGAAUUUAGUUGCUAAAAGAGGCGCUAAUGAAAUUCUUUGGGACAAAAUAAUUCAUUUUAUAUAUGAUUGGUCAUAUAAUCGUGCUUAUAUAGAUACUUUUUAUGCAAUAUCCUUAACGGAAAAGCUAAGAGAAUUAGCCCAACUAACUCAUUUGCUCGAUACACGAGUAAUUGAUGGAAUUACAAAUGGGGUUGGUAUUGCGAGUUUUUUUGUAGGGGAAAGUAUAAAAUAUGUAGGGGGCAGUCGCAUCUCUUUUUAUCUCUUAUUGUAUUUAUUUUAUGUAUUAAUAUUUUUCUUUAUUUGUUACUUUUUCUUUAACUAUUUCUAA